AUGUCACCAGCAGUAGCAAUAACUCGUGAUCACACGACCAUGGCGGACAACGAAGUUCAGUUUCAGAAAGGAGUAAAGCAUCUAUGGGAAAAUGGCUUAACAAAGGUGCCAAACAAGUACGUAUUGCCUCUUUCUGAGAGACCCAAUUCGGCUAAACCGGACCCAAAUACAGAAAAGCAGGAAAAUCUCGUUUUACCCAUCAUUGAUUUAGCCGAGUUGCUAGGUCCAAACAAGUUGGAAGUCCUCGGAACCCUAGCUAAUGCCUGUGAGAAAUAUGGGUUUUUCCAGUUAGUGAACCACGGGAUUCCAAGUGAAGCUAUAAACAGCAUGAUUGAUGUAAGUACGAGGUUCUUCGAGAUGCCGUACGAGGAGAGAUCGAAGUACAUGUCGCCGGACAUGGGAGCCACGGUCCGAUAUGGGACAAGCUUCAACCAGACCAAAGACAAUGUGUUUUGCUGGAGAGACUUCUUGAAGCUCAUGUGCCAUCCCAUCUCUGAAACUCUCCCUCAUUGGCCUUCUUCUCCCAUUGACUUCAGGGAAUUGGCGGCUAACUACGCGAAAGAGACGAAACACUUGUUUAUAAUGUUAGUGGAGGCCAUUGUUGAGAGUUUGGAAGUAUUUGGUGGGAACAAGAAGAAAAAAACAGGAGAAGAUGAUGAAAUUCUGAAGGAAUUCGAAGAUGGAAGCCAGCUAAUGGUCGUAAAUUUCUAUCCACCUUGUCCGGAACCGGAGCUCACUCUCGGAAUGCCACCGCAUUCAGAUUACGGAUUCCUCACUCUGCUCCUUCAAGAUGAGGUUGAAGGUCUGCAAAUUCAGUUUCAAGAUAGAUGGAUCACUGUUCAACCCAUUCCCAAUUCAUUUGUCGUAAACGUCGGUGACCAUCUUGAGAUAUUUAGCAACGGAAGGUACAAGAGUGUGCUGCAUCGAGUUCUGGUAAACUCCCAUAAGCCUCGGAUUUCAGUGGCAUCGUUGCAUAGUCUGCCGUUGAAGUGCACUGUGAGGCCAUAUUCAAAGCUCGUAGAUGAAGAAAAUCCAAGACGCUACAAGGACACAGACUUCGCUACUUUUCUUGAAUAUAUCAAAUCUUGUGAGCCCAAAAGGAAGAAUUUCUUGGAGACCCGGAAAUUGACUUGA